AUGUUCGCCAAGGUGGUUGUACUUGCCAUUGCCAUUGGGUAUAUCCAGGCUGGUGUGCAAAGAGAAGAUAUGGGUGUCAAGUAUUUGAUGAGGAUUUACGAAGACUGUCAAAGAUCGGAUGGUGUUCUUCCUUGUUUGAAGAAGAAGGCGAUUUUAUUCUUUGACAGAGCCGCGCGGAUGGAGGCGAUACCCCUUAUUGAUGGGAUUGAUAUUGUGAAGACUUCAGACCCUGAAGUUUCGCCAAUCAGUGAGAACGACAUUGAAGCAACAUUGCCGAGGAACUUGGAGGAUAAAGAUGAGGCGUUGUCGUCGAUGCUGUGGGACAGGAUUGCGUCGUUUGCGAACUCGAGGACAGUUCAGCUAUCCCUGCCGAAGAUGACUGGACAGGAGCUUAACCGAGGAGUUGAGGAAGGACGAGGCAAAAUGAAAAAAAUGAUGGGAAUGAUGAUGAUGGGAGCUGCAAUGAAGAUGGCUGCAAUGAUCCCUCUCGCAAUCGCUGGUCUCUUCGUCCUUGCUGGAAAAGCUCUCAUCACUGCAAAGAUCGCUUUACUCCUCGCCGGCAUAAUCGCGCUCAAAAAGAUUAUGUCUCAGAAGAACAGCGGUGGCGGCCACGAGAGCCACGGCUGGUCGUCCGGAGGUGGUGGCAGCGGUGGCUGGGACAGACGGUCUUAUAACGAUGUCUCUGAACUCGCUUAUUCGGCUUAUAAGAAACUGUAAUAGAACUCUAAGCUCUUGAAGUGGGAUGUGAUAGUCUUUGAGAUGAGAUACGUGUAAAAGUGUUAAACGUGUUGUGUUUUGAAUAUUAUGAACUUUUAGAAAAGUAAUGUUAUUAAUUCAUUUAUUAGAGGAUGUUUUUAUUAGAAUUGAACAUAAAGUUAUUAAUGGCUUCAGAACAACUAAAACAUAUAAGAAAAGUGGGCCAAAUUAUAGUAUAACGGCAUGCUCUCUUUUAGAAUUUAGAAAAUUCGACUAACGAAUAAUUAAAUAUUCAAAUUUUUUGAAUUCUUUUUAUCUAGUUCCAUACAAAACCGUCAUCAAUGAGACUAUUGCAUCUAACGUAGCUCAAAAAAUCAAUUAGGCGUUUCGACACGAACAAUUUUUAUAAACGGCUUUAAUUUUUAAUUUUUAGUUAGAAACCGAAUCGGCCGUCUUUAAUUCGUAAAGAUGUGUCAUUUUCUAGUUUCAACGAGACAUUUGUUUCAUGAUUUUGUUUAUUUUUUUUUACUUUUUAGUUAUUUUUAAGAGACGGGGUGGCUGUUUUCACCAAAAACUCAGUGAUAUAUUUUUUUAAUGGGGAUUUUGUUUUUAUUUUUAUUUCCCACCUUUAUUUGAAACAUAUGUCUCGUAAUUUUUAGUUAUUUAUAUGUGCUAUCUAAUUUAAUUAAUUUGUAAUACUAACCUAACUGGAAGAUAUGAGAUAUGGGACGUCUUAUUAUUUUUAAAUGAAAUUGCCUCAUAGAGACAAUACGAAGUACUUUUUAUUAAAAGAUAUUUAUUCUAGAAAUAAGGAAGAUGUAAGGAUUUUUUAUAACAUAUUUUAUUUGAAACAUUUUUGUGCCUGAAUACUCAUUAAUUUAUUUAUAAUU